GUCAACAGAUAAAUGCAAAUGCAUCACUUUUGCGCUUUUAAAUUUCCCAGUUUCACGCUUUAACGAUUGUAUUGUUUUCAAUGGAAAAGUACAUUACAGACGUAUCAUGCUAAGUAUUUCACAAUACACCGAACCACGUGAUGCACACUUGCCUGCAGAUAUUACAAGUAACAGGUAGGAGUAUAUUGAGGUCAAACACAUCGCCGUUCACUCAAAACUCAUCCAUACCUAUACAGAGGUAACAACAUGGAUAAGGAAAUGAUUGGUCUUAUUUGUAAAGUGACGGCUACAACUUCUGCAGGCCUGUUCGCUGGUAGUGGAUUGGGCAGUAACUUCACGACAAUGCCGGCUAUGUUGAAGAUUGAGGAUACAUCUGCAUUACGGGUUGGGUGGAAGCACCACUUCCUCCUCGGGAAAAAAUAUAUGGGUCGGUGUGCACAGCUUAGUUUCCUAGCAGGAUGUUCGACCUGUUACCUUGAUACCACGGAAACCAAAUACUACUGGCUGGCUGGUGCUUUUUGCAUGUUUUUCAUAUUUCCCUUCACAGCAAUAGUCAUGAUGCCCGAUAUCCAGAAAUUACUGAAAGACGACGUCAUAGCUACAAGAGGUGUGGAUUGGGUUCGAUCCAGCAUCAAUACAUGGGACAAACGGCACUUCAAACGCAGCAUGGCGUCGACAAUUGGUUUCGGAAUCUUCUUGUACGCCCUUUACAACAGGCAGUACCACCCAUCACUUGAUCACUUAAUGGGAUUGAUAGAAGCAAGAUGUUCUACUGAGAACGGAGAUGGACCUUCCUUCUCCAUAUGCUCCAAUAUAUAUAGGUCUUUACACUGCCUCGCUCACUUACACAGUCUACACAGUGUUAACAACAUGGAGAAGGAAAUGGUUGGUGAGAUUUGUAAGGUGUCGGCGACAGCAUUUUGCGGCCUGUUCGCUGGUAGUGCCCUCGGCAGUAACUAUACUACAAUGCCAGCUUUAAUGAAGAUAGAAGAUACGUCAGCAUUACGGGUGGGAUGGAAACACCAUUUUCUUCUCGGAGCAAAAAUGAUGCCCUGUCUCGCAUUGGGUAGUAUGUUAUCUGGAGGUGUGGCCUGCUACCUUGACAAUACGGAUGCCAAGUAUUACUGGCUUGCCGGUGCUGGAUGCAUGGCUUUCAUUUUGCCCUACACAAAAGCAGUUAUGCUCUCUGACAUCCACAAACUACUCAAAGAUGACGUCAUAGAAGAGAGAGGUGCAGACUGGGUACGAGAGAAUAUUAACACGUGGGACAAACGCCACUUCGUUCGCAGCAUGGCAUCAACAGUUGGAUUUGGGAUCUUUUUGUAUGCCUUGUACAACAGAAAGUAGUUCUAUCACACAACUUAGGACCACUAUGAAUGUGUUAUUGUAUCGUUGUGUUGACGUUUAACGUGUAUUAGUGCUUGUUCAAACGAGAAAAUCUUUAUAAUUGUGUGUAUCUUUCAUAGUAAAUAUGUGUAUAUCAG